UGUUCAAGGCUGAACUUAACCAACUCACUCGCUUAAGUACAUACUGCCUAUAUUCCCUUAGUUAUCUGUCCAGAAGGCUACCUUUCGAGCUAUAUUUCUUCUCUGAUGUCCGACUCUGAGUGCCAGUCUCGCCGUUUGCCCACGUUGGUUACCUAUUGUCAGCGUGGUGAGUUGUCUAUCAACUGCGUGUGGCUGUAUGCUGAAAUGAUCGUCUUGUGCAGUCCUCUCUACAUACACAGAUUGUGCGUGCCGAAGAUGUCAAACAUUAUCGUCCAAGACUGAUGCAAGUUAUUCGUCCAGCUAUAAGCAGUUUGGGAGACGAUGCUAUACGGUAUGACGUGAUUAAGCCGGUGCUAGAAUGUUGCUCUGCAGAUACCCUUCUUCGUCUGGAACAAUCAUCACCCUAUCUUGAGAAUGAUACCUCUGAAAUAUGGCAACGAUUAUGUUGGAAAACGUUCCCCCUCUUAGCUGAACAAUAUUUGCAAGAAGGCUCUGAGGCUCCCGAAUCGUGGCGCGAGCAAUUUUUUUUAUUACGAGAGGCAGAGGCCGAACGGCUUGAACUGGCAGGCUCUCGGCUCCGCAGUCAACGCCUGGAAGCGGAAGAACGGAAGAAGGAACGUGAGGUUAAGAUCACCGAUCGCCUACCUCCCCCGAAACGUGCUCGAGGGUGGGGAGCAUCGAGUCAACCCAAGACACUCUUUCAGAAGACUAAGAAUGAGGCCACCAGACUCCGUAGUUCCAUGUACACCGCUCGUCUCAUUCCUCCUAAGCGACAGCGUACACUGCAUAGUUCACCUAGUCUAACACCUGCAGUACCCCGACCUUCCGAGCCAACCAAGAGCAUGGUCACCGUCAAGACAGUCACCUACAAGCGACCGUCUACCUUAUCCGCACCACCUCAGUCAUCUGGCCGACCUCCUAUGCCAUCGGUCUCAGCCCCCGCGCCUCCUCCGAAAUUGGCUGCCUCUCCUCCUGCUCGCUCAUUGAAACCUUUACCAACAGUAAAGCCACCAUCCACAGGGGAACAGCGGCCGUCUAAGCCCCCAAUAAACAAGAAGGACCCCAUGGCUUCUCUGUUCAUGCCGAAGCAUCGCACCUCUUCCCAACGUCCAGGCCAGCCCAGUAAUGCACGUGUCAUGCCGACCCGAUAACUUCUGAUUGAGCUAUUCACUCCUCUGCAUAUGUUGUACUCAAUGAUUCUAUUUAGCACUUGCAUCGUGUUUGUUAGAUCACCUACUUACUAUACUUGAUUGUACGAUUGUCUCAGUAGUGUAUGUCUAGUGCAAUUACUAUCCACUCUAUUCCCGUCGACGAUAAUACUGUUGACAUCACCAUCUGCUAGACGCACAUCCCUUCAAUCUUGCUCCCUACGUAGAAAUGCUCUCCUCGAGUUCACACUAGGCAACAGAAUCUAUUUAUCUAUCUAUCUAUGAGACAGGGAAUAUAUUGUAGUUCUACUUGGUGUUUACGGAAGAAAAAGAAACAAGGUAACUGUCAACUAAUAUUCCAGGUGUUGUGCAAUCCAACUGUAUCGUCCGUGCUGUUGA